AUGAAGGAUUUCCAAUCCGAUUUAUCCUCCGUCGUCCGCCUCAACAUCGGAGGCAAGAAAUUCUGUACCACCAUCGACACUCUCACUCAGCGCGAGCCCGAUUCAAUGCUUUCCGCUAUGUUCAGUGGUCGCCACACGCUGUGCCAAGAUUCUGAUAAGGCAAUUGCAUUUGUUGUUAUUGUUAAGUCAAACUGUGUUUUAGGUUCUCUUAGUUAA